GGCCCAGAGGCGAGUUUGUCGGGUGGCUAAAGAAGGGGAGAGCAAGGCGGCGGUAUUGUUUGAAAUAACAGUUCAGUUUGGAUUCACCUAAAUACAGGACUUGGACCAUCUAUCUGUGUGUGUGUGUGUGGGUCCAAGGUAAGGGAGACAAAAGGGCAUUGUGUUGACACUGCUAAGCAAGUGAGUACUCUCAUUAACCACGGAUUACUCUGUACUCACGCUCCAUUCAGCAGUCAAUGGGAUCUAACUCUGUACUGACAUAACAUAAGAAAUAUUUGCCGUGAUAACUAAAAUCCGAACAAAUGAAUGGUGAUGGAACAAUCGACAAUUUGCUGGAUUGCUGCCCUUUGAAAAGUAAAGAGCAGACGUGAGCGACGUCACCGCCUGCGAGUGUAAAGGAGUACUUCUUAACAGGAGUGGGGGGACUGUUCCUGAUGAGAGGACGGGUGGCGAGCAAGGAUGGUGGACUUCAGCAGCGUCGAUGUGUCUUCGAUUGAUAUCCAUUACGAAGCAAGCAGAGGUGCUGGUAACACCUCAUCCUUGGUGAACAUGGCUAUCAGCGAGACCGGCCACGCAGCUACAGGUGUAUUUCUCAGUACAGGGACUAAUAGCAGUCUGAAUUCUACGGGUCCACCAGGGGACCCAGUACCGUUAUACAUUAUGGUCUGGGUCAUGACAGCCAAUAUUCUCGUCUUCCUGACUGGUGCGCUGGGCAACUUGCUGGUCAUCCUGGUGGUCAUCUGUGUCCGCGAAAUGAAGACGGCCACUAAUCUUUGCCUGAUGAACUUAUCAGUGGCUGACCUUCUGGUUCUAGUUAUCUGCCAACCGUCCGCCAUGCUUGAGUUUAUUUGUCACGAGAAGUGGUUGCUAGGAAACGCCAUGUGUAAACUCACCGUCUAUCUGGAAAAUCUGGUAACUGUGGCGUCCAUUCUGAUUAUUCUUGCGGUCAGCAUGGAGCGCUUCUGGGCGGUCUACUACCCUCUGAAGACACACACUUCCGGUUCCAAAUCCAAAGCGAUGAUCACGAUGGCCGUGAUCUGGGUGACGUCAGCAGCUGUCACCUCUCCUUUCCUGAUAACGACAGUCGUUGACCAACAGUACCAUAACAUCGAGAACCAAUAUGUGGACGUCUGCAUCACACCUACCCAGUACACCUGGCACAAGUUUUAUAUUAUAGCUUGCUUUAUCCUCAUCUUUGCUAUCCCAAUGAUUCUACUGGCCAUACUCUACGCUCUGAUCAUAUUUAAGAUCACGCGGGAGACAAUGGACUGUAAACAAAUGACUCAAUCUGCCAAGAACCAAUCGCAGCAGAACAGACGUCAGCUGGUGGGCAUGCUUUUAGGAAUCAUCAUCCUCUUCUUUAUCUGCCUGCUCCCCUUCCGCAUCAUGGCCAUCUGGAUUGCCUUUGCCGCUGACAACAUUGUGGUCAAGCUGGGUGUCGAGCCCUCUCUGAACCUGUUGUACGUCUGCCGCCUGCUCAUCUACGUCAACAGCGCGGGCAACCCGAUUAUCUACAACAUGGUGUCUACCAAGUUCCGGCGGGCUUUCCAGAGAGUGAUCAGAACAUACUGCUGCAUGUGCAAGAAGAAGAUGGUCACGGGCAGAGGCGUUUCCAACGGCACGUUCUCACACGCCACAAGAAUGACGACCAUGUCUCAUUACAGCACCGUAGAGCAAGACACCAAUGACGUGUCCGACACCGGGGACGCUGUUUGAAUCAGUGACGUCCUUGUUGUACUAGCGUGACUUCUUGGUCGAUGUUGAAGACGGCUGUGUGUACUCUGACCUGACUCUUUCGUUGGAUUUCUGGGCCGAGGAUAAAUACAGGGGCAGAUAAAUAUUAAAACUCUUGAACACACAGCGAGUCUCUUGUGAGAGUUUUUUAAAUCGCUUGAGGGAGUUGGAAAAUGACUGAAUUAUUUGAGAAUAAGAGCUGCAGAGUUUUCAAAACUGUUCAUUACAAUACUCUCUCUCUCGAUCUCUCUUUCUCUUUUUCUCUCCAUUUUUCCCUGCAUCGUUCUUUGAUUUCUCUCUUGAGUUCUCUCCAUAUCUUCGUAUUAAAUCUCAAACGUUCAUUUUAUAUCCUGUAACAUAGUGUACAAUGCUAAAUUAAAUUGUUUAUAACAUUAGAUCUCUUGUACAUUCGUAUUGUGUUCCCUUCUUUGUGCCAUAAACAUAUGUAUGGUGUCAUUGAUUAGAGUGAAUGACUACAAGUGGAUAUUGGCUCAAAUCUUUAAUGAAGUCUCAACAUUUCGAUGCUUAUUUUGUAACAAGAUAUUGUAAUGUAUGUAAUUGUGUGUGUUUCUUUAAUUCAGAUAGCAGUCCUCCCCCCCCCCACACCCCUCAAAACAAACUUAACAUUUAAAUCAACUAGAUCGAGCUCUUUGUUGAAUAAAAACGUUUUUCUCAAUUCGGUGGGUGAGCGAAAAUAAAUUCACUUCCAACAGUAUACUUACAGUGUCACCUUCGUGGCCAUAGAGUGUCAUCCUGUUUUAAUCUUUCAACCAUACCGGUAAUAUAUAAGGAAUUGCAAUACUGCAAUCAUCGCUUUGAAUUAUUUAAUGAUAAAAUCUUAGAACACAAUGUAAAAACAUAUUGCUGAAAUGUAUUUAAUGUAAUUUCAGGAAAUAAUUUUUGGCUUUCUAAAUAGAUAAAAAGAUUCGUUAACCAAUUUUAUUUGGCAGGUUAAGAAUAUAAAAUAUUGGAUUAUGUGUCAUUGUAAAUAGGAAUAUAUAAUAAACAAUAUCAAUUAUAUGUUAAUACACUGUAUUUUUAUUCCCAUUUUCAGAUUUGUAAUAAUAUACAAGGAGUUUGGUCAGUACUUGUUCAAAGAUUUAUAAUGUUUGGAUUUUUAUGUUUACAGUUUGCUUUAUGUUAUGUUAGAAGUCCACGUCACUUCCUGUAACUUUUCAACCUAUUUGUCCUCUAGAUAACAUGUUACAUCUCCUCUCAUAAUAUCAAUGUCAAGGAGAAUGCCUCUCAAAGACUUUGUUUAAUUUAUCUUUGCUUUAUGUUUAUUAUCAAUCUAUACCACUGAACGUUGUCAAUACUGCUAAAUGUAAUAUCAGGAUGAUCUGCCCUUAUCUCAUUGUACAGACCUAUCAUUGUACAGACCUAUCAUUGUACUGUACUGGACCAUCGCUUCAUUGCAUUGUUCUGGACCAUUAUGUCAUUGUAGAUAUUGCCAAACCAUUGGUCACAAAAUACUUACUCUACACUGCCUUUAAGAUUGAAUUCCAUUAUUGUAUUAAUUCGUUCAUCUUUAGGCUGUCCUAAUAUUGUUUCAAUCAGAUGACAAUAUAUUUUAUUGGGUUUAUAAUACAUUAUUAGUGUAUUUAAAUUAUUUUGAAAUUGACAUUUUACUCAAUAUUGGUAAAAAGACAUUGUAUAUAUAUUAUUAUUAAAUAUAUAUAAUAUUAUUCUAGUGUAAAAAUGAAUUCGUCUUUUGGUUUAUGUGUGUUGCUUUUAAGUUGAAAUUUAUUAAAGUUUGCUUGAUGUAAUCAAGUACUAUUAUAAUGUUAUGCUAGUUUGUUCUUUGUAGUUUAUUUGUAACCAUUGUAAAAACAAAGCGGAUAAUUUAGCUGCUUCGAAAGAGGCUGGUUUGAGUUUUUAAAAAAAGGAAAAACCGACAGGAUAUAAUAAAAAAUUAGAGCCCAAAUGAAAAUGUCUUGUUACCGGUAGUAUGCGACGUUUUGGAGGUGUCAUCAUAUUUGGUUAUACUGCUUCGAUUUGUCGCAGUGCAUAAAAUAGUGGUCAGAAAUUGUGUACUUAAUGUAUGGUGCUUUAUUAUUUAUACGAACUGGUUUUCAUCUUAUAGUAUUGUUUAACUGUUAAUGUUCAUUUAGAAAGUGGUACACAAGCUAGAACAUUGACAUGGCCUAACAAUGACCAAAGUUCACGGUACAUGCUACCUACCGAGUUCCCUUCUUUCUUUCUAUCAACUCACUCUGUCUGUCUGUCUGGUAACAAGUUUGUAGGCGUUUUUCUCCCACACCCAAUCUCGGAUUAAACUGAAAUUUUGCACAAUUUUGUUACUUAGAAGAAGUUAAUGGAUUUGAAGGGUGCAAAAAAUUAGCUAGAAUUAUAUAUAUUGACUUUAUAGAUUUUCUUCAUAAUUAGCAAUACUAGUCUAUAUUUGAACCAAACUACCUUUAUGGCCACACGACGGCAAAUCUUUCAAAA